AAAUAUAUGUCAAUAAUACUCAGCAUGGUCAGUGUAAUAUUGAAAUAGCAGAUAAAAAGCCUUGUGAUACUAAAGUAAAGACUAGCAAUUCUAUAACAGCCCUAUGGAGACACUUUAAGAUUGAACAUGGAUACUCUGGAAAGACCGAGCAAUAA